AUGUCGAAUAAACUCUACAUUCCUCGAAUCGAGUCACAAUCUCGAGGUCCGACGUGGAUUGGCUGGACCGAAAGCCGAGCACACCCGAUGGUUUCGUCUCACGAUCCCACCUACAUUGCACUGUUUCACCUGGCACAUUGCAAGAUCGCCACUCGUUUGCUUGAGGGGACCGGGAUUUAAUUGGUUGUCCGCCAUUUCGUUUCGCUGCUCUUGCGACCUCGAAGGUCCGCCCGAGAAAUUGCGUCAGCAAAAUAACCGUACUGGUGGAUAUACUGUACAAAAUAAAGGAUGUCAUCGCCGUCACUGCCCCAGCACUUCCUGUCGUUGCCACGUCCGGACGCUGCUUCCGGACCGCCUACUGGAGUUCCAGACACAACGACAGUCGCGGCGCACGAUUUCGACGUUGAUGCGCGGACGGGCUUUAUGCCCCCGCAGCAACCCCUUACACGGCUUCCUGAGCAAUGGGCAGCUUGGGAGGAGGCGCUUGAAGAGGCAAUUGCGAAAGGGCUGAAGCUCGGUAGUGCAAGAGACCUGACAACUGAAGACGAGCUUGUGAAUGAGGAUUGGCGAGAACGAGUAAGAGAGCUUCCCGUACUUUCAGCAACAGAACUGAAGGCUUCAGAAACAUUGCUGAGACGUGCACACCUUGUAUUGGCUUGGAUUAUGCAUUUCUAUAUCAAUACGCUUCCUUCCACUGCCCCAAUUAUCAUACCCCGACCAAUUUCACUUCCCCUCCUCGAAGUCUCAAGUUACAUGGCUCUCCCACCAAUCCUCACGUAUUCCGAUGAUGUCUUGUACAAUUGGAAGAUCAAAGAUGUCCCAGACGGUCAAUCUCCGCUACCGACGAUGCACAACAUCGCCAUUCAGACGACGUUCUCGUCUUCUCGGUCGGAGGAACACUUCUACCUCGUUCCUGCAUAUAUCGAACUUCGAGGCGCUGUUGCACUGUCGCUUAUGUCGUUAAUCAUGGACGAAGCUUUCGUUCAUGAUGACCUUGCACUUCGACGUAUUAUUCGAUAUCUGCAACACCUCGCUCGAGUUAUAGACGGUUUGACCGAGAUAUUAAUGACUAUGCGGGAUGAAUGCGAUCCAGAGGUAUUCUAUCACGAGGUGAGACCAUGGUUCAAGGGACAGGACUCAAUGCAUGGUGGACGUAAGUGGGUAUUCGAAGGUGUUGGUGAUGAAGGAUACGAGCAUUUGACGCAUCCGACGGAGUACGACCUACAUGGACCCAGUGCGGGGCAGAGCAGUCUUAUUCACGCCAUCGAUAUUUUCGUCGGAGUCGGUAGCGCCUCUCCUUCCGGUACAGACACAGACUCGGAGCAAGCUCAUGACGGGAAGGGGAAGAACCGUGACUCCUUCCUAGCUCGCAUGCAGAACUACAUGCCCCGCCACCACCGCGCCUUCCUCCGUCAUCUCGCAGCAAACCCACGACCUCUCCGAGCACUUGUUGAAGCCGAAACAAUAGUGGGACGUAACCCAGAACUCCUUGCUGCCUACAAUGCUGCUGUUAAAGCGUUACGUACAUUCCGUGAUGCACACUUACGGAUCGUUGCAAUGUACAUUGUAGGUCCGUCUAGACGUGUUGAAGCAGGAGAGCGAUCUGUUAACCCUGCAAAGAGGGCCGAGGUGUCUGCUACCGUUGCUGGCGUCAGUGCAACUUCGCACCCUUCGGUGGAGGAAGCAGCGAGCUCUGCAGAGAAGGGGACAGGCGGGACGAACGCAAUGACUUUCUUGAAAGGAGUUCGGAAUCGGACUGCUCGUGCUAUUAUAGAGAAGGAAUAAGGAUAUUGUUAUUAAUGAAGUGAAGAAACAGGUCAAAAAUGGUUAAUGGUUAAUGGUUAUGGAAUACAAUCGAGCAAGCUUUUCUUUAUUAGAUAUGUACUCUUCAUUAUAGGCAAUCCAGGACUUGAUAAAUC